GACCAGCUAGCCGCUGGCCAGCCUGGAGCCAGUGAAUAUGACCUUUGACUCACAAGAGUUUCGGCUCAGCAUCGACUCGAUGAUGGCUAUCCGCCAUUCAAAUUGCGCACUUUGGAUGGCUGAAGCUUCAGGUCAAUGAUAGAUGGAAUAAUGCUUGUUCGUUCAUCGAUACUGUCGAGAUCGUUCCAUUAUUUCGUGGGACUGACGACCAGCCUCCGGCUUCACUUAGAAGUGCUAUUUGUAGUUAUAGCAUCACUUGAAUGUGACUCAGUUAGUAUCAUACAGAACCUCUACAGGUUUCUUUCUUCCAUUCAUCACUUCCCGAAGGGUGCGAUCGAUCGACGAUCAUGUCCCAACAACAGCUGGACGAAGAGACGCCUUUGCUUCCCCUGCAGCGGAAGGCCAGGACACCAUUGCCUUGGCGUCAAUUCUCUAUCAUACUGUUUCUCCAGCUCGCAGAACCACUUACCUCACAAGUUAUCGCCCCCUUCGCACCUCAGUUAAUAAGAGAUAUCGGCAUUACAAAUGGCGAUGAAACCAGUGUAGGAUACUAUGUCGGACUGAUGUACUCCCUAUUCUUUGCCACACAAGCGCUCACCGUUCUUCAUUGGAAUCGUAUAUCGGACCACAUUGGACGGAAGCCUGUCAUUUUGACAGGCCUGUUUGGACUAUCUAUCUCGAUGUAUUGUUUCGGUCUAUCUACAACAUUUUCUGGACUCGUACUAAGCCGUGCUCUUAACGGUGCUUUGAAUGGCAACGUUGGCGUAAUCAAAAGUAUGAUGGUGGACAUUACCGACUCUACCAACUUGGCCCAGGCGUAUGCAUAUAUGCCUUUAGCUUGGUCAACGGGUGGGACCAUUGGCCCCCUUGUAGGUGGAUUGUUAUCACGUCCAGUUGAACAAUUUCCGAACGUCUUCGGUCAUUCUCAAUUCUUGAAGACCUAUCCAUAUUUCCUUGCAUGCGCUGUACCUGCCACCUUCUCUGCACUGGCUUGGAUCGUGACCUCCCUUUUCUUGCGAGAGACUGUACCCACCAGGGUGACUCUUGGGCGUUUUCUCAGGAGCAAAUACCACAAAGAUACCAUCCCUGGCCCCGUGACUCUAACAGGAUCAAGUGAUUCCCUGAGCACAGAAGAUGCUGCUCGACCUGCAAACGGCGAUGACUCCAAACUAUUACCUCUUCGCUCGCUGUUGAUUCCCAGAGUGAUCAUAGCUGCUGGAAACUACGCUGCUUUGUCGUUUCUUGAUAUCGCAUUUCGUGACGUACAACCUCUGUUCUUCGCCACACCGAUAGAGCUCGGUGGGCUGGGAUUGGAUCCUCCGCGAAUCGGCAACAUCCUAGCUAUCUAUGGUGUGAUCAACGGCUUGUUCCAAAUCCUUUUCUUCGCCGAUCUGCAUGACCGGUUCGGCUCAAAGAUAAUAUAUUCUGCGGCAAUGGCUGCUGGAGUUCCAAUGAUUGUCAUUUUCCCCAUCCUCAAUGCUGUCGCAAGAGUACAGGGUCUGAGUUUCACAUUAUGGGCGAUUGUUGGCCUGCAACUUGCUUUCUCGAUGAUAUUAAAUCUUGCAUAUGCUUGCGUAUUUAUCUAUAUCGCGGCAGCGUCUCCGAACCAAGCGUCUUUUGGUGCAACGAAUGGGAUCGCUCAGCUGGGAGUAUCGAUCGUGCGAGCAAUCGGCCCCGCAUCCGCUACGUCCACGUUCUCGUUAUCUAUCAAGAAUCCCCACCACGCAUGGGUCAUCUAUUAUUAUAUGAUUGCCCUGGUCUGCAUAGGGAUCUUCGCAUCACUGUUCCUUCCUCGGCAGUUAUGGAAGAAUCAAAACUAACGGCUCUUUCGUUGAGUAGAUGCUACUAGAGUACGUGCAUAUAUGGGAGAAGUUAAAGAAGGUAGACUGUUGACCUCCUCCAUGGCACCUAUGCCGCAAAAGAGACUAGCUGCACCGGGGGUUGGCCUAGAAUUCUUGUAGACAGGAUAUAUAAUGUAUAUUGUGUACGUAAACCAAACACUGGCUUCCGUACUAUCGAAUGUAUAAG